GAAAAGUUAUGUGCGUGUACACACAAUCUUUGGUACAAAAAAAAAACAAUAGAACAAAAGUAAUUAACAUUUAACUCUCUGGAGAGAGUUAUUGAGUCAUUUGUCAGUUAGAUACUGCAGUCGAGAUCAAGUUUACAAAAAAAGACUAAUGAUUUUAUAAAAUAAAAACAAAAAAAAGUUAGUCAUUAUAAAGCACAGACUCAACUAUUUUUAACCUAUGAAAAUUUAAUCGAAAAAAAAUUUUAUUUUACAGAAGUCAAAUCGAGAUAUUAAAUUUUACCAUGGCAUUUGAUGGCCCAGAUGAAACAAAUUCAGUCAUUGAUAAUCUCUGUGUAGAUUUAGAAGCUGCGAUUCGUGAUUUGGAUGAAAAGCGCGUACGCGAAUUACUUGAUUCAAUAAAACAAAGGGAUAAUAAAAAUGGAUUACGUACUUUGGAAGGGGAAGUUGGAUAUAAUAUGCUUCGAGAUGCUAUUCAAAAGCAUAGAAAUAUCGCAAAGUUAUUAAUAGAACAUGGUGUCAAUGCAAAUAGGUCAACAAACCAAGCAUGUAAUACCCCACUUCAUUUAGCCAUAAAAAAUGGAGAUUGGGUGUUAGUAGAAAUGCUCUUAAACCGAGGCGCUAAAACAAGAGCUAAAAACUCUCAAGGAAAAACACCACUUUAUCUCGCAGUUGAAUAUAAUCAUGAUAAAAUAAUAGAAACAUUAUUAGAGAAAGAUAACGAGCCAAAUUUAAAUACCAAAAAUAAAUUAUUUCCCAUUGACGCUGCUGCUAAAAACGGAAAUGAAAAAAUUUUUAAUUUACUGGUUAGUAAAGGCGCUAAAUCAAACAUAAAACAAUGUGAUGGUACAGUAAUGCUAGAUGUAGCGGUCGAAAAAGGAUAUACGUCAACUGUCGAUCAGAUUCUCAAACAUAAAAAUUCUGAGACCAACAAAAAUUUAAAAAAUAAUAAAUUGAUAACCGUCGCUGUUAUGGGUAACGAAACCGGACAUAAGAUGAUCGCUAAAACUCUGUUCAGCGCUAAGUUUCCUUUGGACCCUGAAAGUAUUCAUAAUGUUGAAUUUAUUCACAAAGUUGUUGAAACAGGACAAACUGAUAUCUUUGAUGAAUUAUUAAAGCUUGGUGCUGAUCCAAAUACCUUCAGUUCAUCAGGCGACGCACUUUUAAUAACAGCCUGUAAAUCCCAACAAGCUGAAAUUGUUAAAAUAUUGAUUAAAAAUAAUGCCAGUGUACGUGUAAAAGAUAUAAACGGAUGUUCAGUAUUAUAUUACGCUAUUGAUAAUCUACAUACAAGUAAUUACAAAUGGCGCUUUUACAAUAGUGUCAGUGAUGAUUCUGAUUGUGAAGAUGAAAAAUUUGCAGACGAUAAAAUAAAAUGUUUUUCCGAUGAUUGGUUCGAAAUCACUAAACUGCUGAUUGAUAAAGGUAUUGACGUAAAUGAAAAGGACGAAUCAUAUUUAACACCUUUAUACUAUGUAGCAAAAAAUAAUCAUUCUCAUAGAUAUUAUCAUUAUAUUAAAGAACUUGCUAUUUUGUUGUUAAAAUCAGGAGCUGACAUUAAAUGUCGUGAUAAAAGCGGCAAUACACCGCUCCAGUAUGCAAUUUUGCAAGGAUGUUUAGAGGUGGUUAAAUUACUUUUACAACAGGACUCUGCAAGUGAUGAUACUAAGACGUUAAAUGACAAGAAACAGACACUGCUUCAUUCCGCAGCUUCGAUUAAAUCAAGGAGCAUCAUUAAAUUGCUUUUAAAACGCAAGUAUUUUGAAAAUGUCGAUAUUGAAGAUAUCGAUGGUAAAACUCCUCUCCACUUGGCCGUUCAAAGCUCACGACUGAAAACAGUAAAACUUCUUUUGAAACACAAGGCGAAUGUUAAUGCAGUUGAUAAAAAAUUGUCGACUCCACUACUCUGUGCUAUCCACAAUCCUUAUCAAUCACCGAUGAUUGAAUUAUUGUUGGAACAUAAAGCAGAUCCUAACUGUGUUAAUAAAGAAGGAUUAACGCCAUCAUUUAUUGCUGCUACAUAUACAAAUGAUGACUACAUCCAGAUUCUUUUAAAAUAUGGAGCUGACCUAAAUUUGAAAAUUGGCGAUUCCGGAAAAACGGCUCUGCAUUGUUUAGCUGAAUGUGAAAAUAAAUUUGUCAAUAAAAUAAUAAAAUAUGGCGCGGAUAUUAAUGUCUUGAGCAACGAUGAAAAAACAGCCUUAGAUUAUUUAUUGGAAUCUAUGGUAUCAUAUUGUAAAAAAAAUAACGUGGAAAUAAACCCGUUGAGGUCAUUCAUGCAUAUUGAAUACUAUACUAACAAGUAUCGCGAAAACGCACAGAUUUUAAUCGAGCAUAUAUUAAAAUUAAAAAGUAUUAAUUCAUAUGUUUCUGAAAAAAAUUUACUUUUAGCCUAUAAAUAUGAGCUUGAUUACGGCUGGAUAAACGAUCGCGAGACGACUUACAGAGGAGGCAAAAAAUCAAAGAUUGACGAGUUCCAAAAAAAAUGUGAAGAAGAAAUCGAACUGAUGAAACAACUCACGAUUUAUAAUACUAACAUUAAUUUUUAUCAAAUUUUAACUAAAUGUACUCAUCGUUUAGCUAAAUAUGUUUUAAAUGAUAACGUAAAUCAGCAAUUAAGAGAAUCCAAUCAUACUGAAAAAUUUCCGAUUUAUUGUGACUUGAUAAAAAUACGUUUUGAAAAAUGCUUGGAAAGAAAAAAAAUACUAAAUCAAGAUACUGACUAUUCGUUCCAAAGAGUUCUUCCAUCUUUACCUUACGAUUGUAUCGACCAAAUUCUGAGCUAUCUGAACAAUAAGGACUUAGAAGUUCUAAUAAGUGUUUGUUACUUGAGUACAGACUCCCACGUAUCAGUGUCUGAUACUAAUAAUUCGAACGGUUCAAACGUGACCAAAACUCUGAAGAAACAAAAAAUUUAAAUGAUAGAUGAAUACCAUAAACUUUAAUAUUAUUUUUAUUGUUUCUUUAAUUUCUUACUACGAAUAUUAACAAUCGCGACUAAAUAAUUUAAAAAGAGAGAAUAAGUAAAUUUAUUAACAGUUUUCUUAUUUUAUUGCUGUUUCUUAAUUUUUAUUUUAAUUAAAAGUUAUUGUUUCAUCUGCUUGAGUAUUUAUCUAAAUGGAAAUUAUUUCAAAUGAAUUUGAAAAAAAUGAUAGUUUAAAUACUUUAUUGUUUCUGUUAACAAUUAUGAUGAUUGAAUACAAGAGAGUGAAUCUCUUGACUUUAUGAUAAUGAGUCCAUCAAAACUUAUAACCGGAUGUAGAACAAAAAUUACUAUUUCCAUAGUAUAUUUUAUCAGAUUUUCUCAUAUUGCUUGCUGCGGUUAAUUUUAAUUUGCCUAAACUUUAAAAGGUUAUUUUUAUAAAGUUACAUUACUUGUAAUAAUUUAUGUACACAGGUAAGAUAUACCUGUUCAAAAAUAUUUCUGCAUUCAAAGACGUCAUUUACUUUGCAUACUUGUAAUUUCUUACAAUAAAUUAAUAUAUUUUUCAAAAAU